AAGAUGAAAAGGGCGCAGCGAGCCAGCGAGACUUGGCCUAAAGCUAAAGGACUUUUUCCCCCAUCCCUUCCUCCUCUACUUCCCUUCCCCGCACCCUCCGCGAUACUAAAAAACGAAAAUAUAAUUGAUGAGUGCAAUCCCGACCUCGCUUGGAAUUGUGUAUAAUUUCUUGCGUACCGAACAAGCUGAAGAAUCAUUUAAUAUUCAUGAUUUUUUCUGCAUAAGUAUCUUCAUUGUCCUUCAGCUACUUGCGUCCUUGCGCCGGCUAUUCAGUACGAGAAUUGCACGUUUUGGCUUUCUAGCCCAUCUUCUCGAAGUCUGUCUUCGCAAUAUUAUCUAUUUUUCAUCUCGAUUUGGGUCAUUGCUUUUUUGUUUCAUUUUGUCCAUGACAUUGCAUAAGAUAAUUGAGUACAUCAGUUUGAAAGUCACUCGGUAAUACUGCAAAAAGAGCGGACAAAUAUGACGGUAAGCACCCUCGUGCCUUUACUUGGAUUUUCGUUCUGGGUCCAUGCGCCUUCUUUGCAAAGGUGUGCGUAGAUUCGUUGCAAGAAAGGCUUACUCUGCUAUCUGAACACCGUCACCAUGACUUCGCUUCAUCCCGACGAGGCCAUGGGACUGCGACAAAGAGGUGCGCAGAAGAUUGCCAAAGAUGACGUUGCCCGGGGUCCAGACGCCACCAUCACGGGAGUAAAGAUCGAUCUGCAACGACAACAGGAGGACGUUGAAGGUAAAAAUGUACUUUUAUCUCUUGGCGCAGAAGCAGAAGGUUCGGAGGAAAAUUCGCCCACGCCAAGCAUGUUGAUGAACAAGGAGGCCUUUCGAGCACGACGGUUGAAGAGUGUGCUUGAGGAAGAAUUCUUUAUCGACAACAGUUAUGGUCUGGCGUACGCCCGCACGACCGCACAGGAAUUGUAAAUAUACAUAGUACAACUUUGGUAUUGGUUCUUGUUUCCCACUGCUUGUGCUACCUCAAGAUGCUCGUGCGUAGUUUGAGUGGCCACUUCUAUCUCUUUGAUUUGCAAAAAAUCCACUAGGCAGUUACAGGAAAUUGUCCGCAAUAUGUAACGAGUUGUACUUCCAAGUAGGCUGCUAGAGCUAGUGAAAUUCAACUAGUACGUUUUUUUACUACGACUAGACCAUCGGAACAGAAAAUGUCGUGAGCCUUGUUUCUAAAUAACUGUGUCGCCAAAUGGAGGAAGCGUUAAAGCCACAUUGCCGAUGAAUAAGCCUGCGCUUGACGAUGAAAAGGAAGUUCGCACAUUCACGGCGACUUUUCUACGAAGUGAGCGACAUUUUACGGUGAAGAAACGUGUCUUGUAUGGUUUGUUGAUAACGGCUGCUGUGAUAGAUCUGGACGUAGCGUAUAUGCUUUUCGGACGCUUUGGCUGCGCGUGUGCCGCCAUAUGGACAACAUAUCUAGGCGUCUGGCUGUGGCCUGGCAAAGUCGGUCAAUGGUCAGGUAACGACCGCUUGCAAGUACGAGCUAUCCUCUUGUUCUUCUUGACCGCGCUGAACACGAUACUCACAUUCUCGUUUUGGCUCGUUUUCUGCGCGGAUCGCUGGCUGCUUAGGUACUUUUCUUUGAUGUCCUCUUGUUGUUGGAUACUUGUUACUUCUGACGACGCACAGGCACAUUCUUUUUCUUAGUCUUUCAUCAAAUGCUUGUACUUCUGUUGCUCGAGGUGGAGGGAGUACAAGGAUGGAGUGAUUAUCAUUCAUGCGUAGCUACAGCUAUUACUAUAAUUUGCCACGUGGUACGCUUAUCUAUUUGUGUCUCCGGAUAAAAAAGUAUUUGAUUUCCAACCUCAUGCACUGACUUGUUACUUAAAGUCUGGAUCUGAAACUACACUACUUUUGACACAGACACGAUCUUCUUCUUCCUUGUUGAUCAUUAUAUAUGUUCCAGGGCUCAGGGCUGGAGGCCCCCCCCCCGAUCUAACUUUUUGAGGGGGGGCCUGCCAGCCCCGGCCCCUCGUUUCGAGGGAUUGCCUGGCGGGAAGGGGUCAGAAGUGGGCACUUCUGACCCCUUCCCGCUUCUUGCCUGUACCCUAGAGCGCCACCAAACCGCAGGGCGUUGAAGCUGGCAAAGGAGGCAAGGCAGGGCCCCGCUGCCUUGUUGCCUGUACCCUCCAGACCUGGCAAAGGUGGCAAAGGCAGGGCCCCGCUGCCUUGUUGCGUGCACCCUACAGACCUGGCAAAGGUGGCAAAGGCAGGGCCCCGCUGCCUUGUUGCAUGUACCCUAAAGACCUGGCAAUGGUGGCAAAGACUUGGCCCGCUUGUCGUGUUGCGUGUACCCUACAGACCUGGCAAAGAUGGCAAGGCUGGCGCCCUCUGGCGUGUUGCGGUACCCGACAGAGCUGGCAGAGGAGGCAAGGCGGGACCCACCCCCUUGGCGUGCUGCAUGUGGCUAACCCUACAGACCAGGCAAAGGCGGCCAGGCUGGACCCCUCUGGCGUGGUCCACCACAGACCCAGCCACAGGGGGGGGCUCCCUCCCUGGUACAUAUAUAAAUAUAACUCAUAUUUAGUUAUUGAUGUGCUCAUCGUUACAUUACAACAAGAAAGACAACAUUAAAAGCCGGCAAUGGGAUGAAUAAGUAUGUUGUUUAUCAUUUUUUGUAAUUAAUUUGACUCGUCAGGUUUUUAACCCUGGCAAUGACGAUAUCUACUCCGCAAGAAGCGGAAGCAACCAGCCAAAGUAUUGUCAAUUUCGUUGGUCCCAUGAGGCUCUGUUUUUUUGGGUACGUAUCCUGGAUCUUCUUCAUUGAUCAUGGUGCCUCAACCGGCUGGUUCGAAGCAAAAAAGAGUGGUGAAGACAUGCCAAAAGAUAUAUUCAACGAUCAUGAAGCAUCUGUGGCAGAACCACAAGUAGAUUCACCUUUUUUAUGGGUAGUCGAUCAUGAUCGCUUAUGAGAUAUCCUGAGUGGAUUAGAUUCCCCCUGAAGAUUUCAAGAAAAUGAAACCAAGGGGAAUGGACACACGGAGGCCACGCAUAGUGUUGAUUGAGAUUGACUACCUUUAAAUUUAAUAUCUGGCGGAACAAACAAACUACAAAACAAGAAUCUUAACUGCAACGACGAACCCGGAGGUCGUAGACUACAGUUUCGGCGAGGUCGAGGUGCUGCUCGUGCUGAUCAAGAACGAAAACUUGCAGACGAUGUUGAAGUAGACGACGAAAAUCAAAAUGACUUAGAUAUAGAAGAUCAAGAUUCCUCGCAGCUGACUGUGGACGGUUACGAAGACCUAGAAGAAGAGGAGGAUCGAAGAGAGCAAUUACGGUACAUGCUGAGCACGGGAGGAAACGGCUCAAGCGUAGAUGAGUGGAUAGCUGAAGGCGAUUCCGAUUGUCGAGGUGACAUUGAGGGGCUUAGCACGGCUGCGCCCUCCUCAGAGAAUUCACCAUUGACAGACACUCCUUCUGACGCGGCGAGUGUGGUCCUCGCAAAAAAGCCGAGGAGUAGGGAAAUUCUUGGAACUUCAAGAGGGAGAACUUUUUUAAGAACAGAAGAGGAAAAGGAUCCACCAGCAGAGGCCGGCGUGGAAGGAAAAGUAGGCACAUCGACAUCACCAUCAGCAACUACUAGUUGUACAAGAUCAUCAUCUUCAUCACCAUCGUCGUCCACAGCAGCUCGUCGUGUCUCCUCACGUCGCGGAUCUAUCUCCGCAUCUGUCGUUUCAGUCGCUUCGGACGUUUCCUCCGUGUCAUCAAAAGAAAGCGGUGGACCAGAAAGUGCAAACACGAUAGUAGGUGGGAGUGUGCGAACUGCGUGGAGCCUCUUUUGUUACGUCUUGUCAGAAAUAUGGAGUCGUGUCUUUCAUCCACGAAAAUACGACAGACACUGUCCUUCCUGCCGAAGGCGUCGCGUCUACAGGCACGCGGCGAUGUAUUUUCCGGUGAAGGUAAUAAUUAUACUCUCUUAGGUUUUUUAUCUUCAACAACUUCUACUCGCAGUUUCUUCUAUCUAAUGUAUAAUUUGAAGUACAAAUAGUUGUAGCCGCCCCUGCUGCUUUUCAGUGAUGUUCGUCCACGAAGACAGAAACAUCCAAAUCCUCUCUUGCCUGCAUGUGCAUGCGUAGGGUACUUAAUUUCCAACUAGUACUGCACUCUGGAACCUCUACUUUACUCUCCACGCAAAAACAACCGCAUCUCGUCUUAGCGAACUCGUUGCACAACGUGCCUCAACACUGCAGCUCCAAAUGUACUUUGUUCAGCUAACGCGCACAUGCAAGCUAGAUCCGAGCAAGGCUUACAUGUUUGGAUACCACCCACACGGCAUCCUGUCAGUCGGCGCAUUGCUGAAUUUUUCCACCUUCGCCACCGGUUUCGAUCUUCUCUUCCCUGGUAUCGACGUGCGGUUACUGACCAUGAAGAUCAACUUUCAGAUACCUUUCUGGCGGGAGUUCUUGCUAGCACUAGGCUUGCAGGACGUAUCAGCACAGAGUAUCACGAAUAAUCUGAGGCGAGGAAAGAGCGUGGCGCUUGUUCCAGGAGGAGCGAAAGAAUCGCUAGAAUCCGAUAUUGGCAAUAACGUCUUGGUAUUUCGUUUUCGAUAUGAUUCAAACGCAAAGAUCGUUGUUGUUGUAGUUGUUGUACUUAAUUAUAUUAGAGCUUACAACAAUUCAUCUUGGAAGUCAUCUUUGACGUAUUUCCCCCUUGAAAACGUGUCAGGGAUGCCUCUUAAGAUGAAUUACGGCAAGUCUUAAUUAUAAUAAUUUGUAUACCUAAUCCUAAAAAUCAAAACUUACACCAAUUCCAAGUACAACUCUAGUAGUACUAGUAGGGGACGAUGAAGCUAGAUGCCACCAACAUCUUGGAAGCAAUGGCAGUAGCUUUUACAACACGCCCAUUUGUAUGCAUGCAUCUUUAAAUGCACUUAGAAUUGGAGCGGGAACUCGUCGCACACGCAUAGGAGCAAUCUUUUCUUAAUAGAUUCACUGCGAAGUAAGAGCAUCUUCCGUGGUUGAUCUGCUAUCUUCGACCUCCAGAUUCUUGAAAACCGAAAAGGCUUUGUCAAGUACGCGUUAAAAAAUGGCGCCAGCCUAGUCCCAGUCUACAGUUUUGGGGAAACGGACCUUUAUCAGACUGUAGAGCUUACCGGCAGAGCCAAAGAGUGGCAGGACUGGCUGCAAAAAAAAAUGGGUUUCGCGUUGCCCCUCAUUGCCGGCCGAAGUCUAACAGGCGGAAUCUUUUACAAACUCUUCGGAUUCAAAAAAGGUACAACAGUCUCUCAUAGAUAUUUUUCGGAUAGCAAGACUUAUAUAACGCGGCUUUUUACUUUUACUUGGGCUUGGCAAUGAAUGGUUAGUUUGUGAGAGUGUUAGAUAACCAUCGGAAAUUGCUUUUACUUACGUGAAGAACGUGAUGAAGAUGAUCUGAUCAUGAUCCUCCUCCUGUGCAACUAGAGCCACAAUUGUGCUGCUUGAUCUCGUAGCAUAGCUGUUGUCACGCGAAUUUCCUUCCAGGGCUCUUUCCGUUUCGGACGCCGGUGCACUCCGUAGUGGGAAAGCCCAUCCCUUGUCCGCGAACUCCUGAGCCUUCUCAAGAAAUGAUAAAUCUUUACCACGAGAAGUACACAGCUGAGCUCCAGCGCAUCUUUAAGGCUCUACUGACUAAUCCAUCUUGAAGAGAAGCAUCUUGACUUUUCUUGUAGAAAUAUUGGUAUACAGACAUCAUUUCAUAAAGUUAAAUAAAGAACAACUCCUACUCCUCCUCAAGGAGAAUGAAGGUGAUAAAAGUGGUAAGGAAGUAGAGGAAGAUGAGUGGCCAUUUUAUUUUCAGUUAAACGUUAUAGUUGAGCAGCUCCUCCAGCUCCUCUAACUUUUACAAGGAAUGGGCACCUAUAUACGAAGACGCGAAGCAACUACGAUUCGAAGAGAUGGAAAGAAACGCAGCACGCCGAAACCUCUUGAAGCAACAUCCAGGAACGAAGAAACUAACGCAAGUAGCUAGUGAAAUGAAAAUCAAGUAGAGUUUAUCUAAAGAUACUACAUAUUACUGCAUAGGGACGACGGAAUUAGACAACUACUUCUGGAUCGACCAGACUCCUACGAAUUCGUGAAAGUGGCAUAGCAGAAUCACAUCAGCUGGCGGGGAUUGAAAAAUUAGGAUCCGGUGUGCUAGUUGGCCAUAGGGCGCCCUUCAUCUCGACGAUGUUCCGACUGUUGAUCUGUGCUAGCGUGUCGCCGGUAGAAGUUUUUGGGAUGCUAGGGACUGAGAAAGACUUUUUGACGCGACGUUGUGAUGAUCCUUUUCUUGCACGUGCCAGAAGUGCGCUUUCGCACAAAACAAGGACUUCUGCGAAUAGAUUUUUUAGGCGACAUCGGAUUCCCUCGGGCGGUCGUCGCAGACCUUUCACAUAAUCGUAAACACAAGGCGUUGUACUAGUAGUCCUCUUCAACUCGGCGCUUAUUCGGGUUUAAGUACUCAGAUGCGGGAGAAAGUGAAGUUACGGUUACCAGGUCCGAGAUGGAGGUCCUUCUGCGAGAGGCAUAGGUGUCGUAGUAGUAGUUGUAUGUACAGCGGAUUUUGCCGGAAAAUAUUGAUCUUCUCCCAUGAUUUGCGCAUGCGGUCCUCGUUGUGGCAAAUCUACAUGCAGAAAAAAUGAACGAUAUAAUCUUACUGUGAAGAACAUGUACUUCAUCUCUCGCCUUGGAUAGACAGUCGAGUUUUUGAUCGAUUCUCUUGUAUUCUGACACUUGGUAUUCGUGGUUCUUGCUAUUGCAGCUCACUUUUCCUUGUAAAUGCAUUUUUGAAAAAAUGUCUUAUUAACGCAAACGCAUAUGAAUAUCCCCUAUAGUCGCACUUGUUGACUCAUCGUCUGAGUCAUGUAUUCGUUAGAUAGUCUGAGCAGUGACUUCUUAAUAUAAGUAAUCACGCUUUGACUUGGAUUAAUGUCGAUGAUCAAGCUCCUCGUUCUAAAAUUUAGAUUUCUUAAAUUGGCGGAGCAGGAGCACCAAAACCGGCUGCUGCUGUUGGAAGUGCCAAGGAAGGGCAAUCACUUGCUUCUUCUACCUGUCUUUUUCCCUGAUCACGGAUGUGGUGCAAGUUUUUGCUUCAAGCGAUCACUCAGAGCCCUCGCUAUAGGGUCAUUUUCCUAUCUUCUCCAGCACAGCCGUGGUGACUAAUUUGCGUUGCAUCGCAUAGCCUUAAAAGUAGAAUGUCUACUUUGUCUUCAGAGUGAGAUAUUACGACCGAAUUGAUGAAAGUUGAAGUUUUUGCUUCUGGUAACGAGUCCAUGAGUGACCAUGAGAAAAUACAAACGAUUAUAGCUGUGGUAGAGAAUCAAUCUUCCAUUAAGUCGGACGCUUUGAAGAAAA